AUGGCGCGCGGCGCGUCGCGAGCGCUGUACCACGUCCACGCGCGAUCGGUCGACAUCGCGCGGUUCCUGCGACUCGAGGAGGGGCUGCUGCGACACCGCGCGAGCGAGGAUUGGCUCACGACGCUCGACGGCGCGGCGCGACGCGCCGUCGUGUUGGGCGUCUCCGGCGCGGUCGAGCGCUUGGUCGACGCGCGAGAGGCGCGAAGGCGCGACGUGAAACUCGUGCGACGAUUCACGGGCGGUGGGACGAUCGCGUGCGACGGCGACACGCUGUUCGUGGGGAUGACGAUGAACGCGGGCGACGACGCGAUGGUGCGCGAACGCGAGACGCACCCGCGAAGAGUGAUGGCGGCGACGGGAGAGGUGUACGCGCGGGUGUUCGAUAAGUGCGGGACGUUCGCGCUGCGAGAGAACGAUUACGCGUUCGGGACGCGAAAGUUCGGAGGGAACGCGCAGGCGAUCACGAGGGGAAGGUUUUUGCACCACACGUCGUUUCUGUACGACUACGACGAGGACGCGAUGGCGGCGACGCUGAAGACGCCGGAACGCGCGCCGGCGUACAGGAACGGACGCGCGCACGGAGAUUUCGUGACGCGAUUGCGCGAUCGAGGGUACGAGCGCGAUGAGAUAUUCGAACGCGUGCGAGGGACGAUGCGAGGGAUGCUCGGAUACGAAAUCGUCGACGUCGCGCUGGAGGACGCCGAGCGCAUGGUGGACGACGCGGUGACGCGAAGCGGCGUCGCGCGUUGGGACACCACCAAGGUGUUGUCGUGGGACGAUUAA